GGAGGGAGCAGAGAGUUGCGUCCAGCACAGUGCCUCAGUUUCCCCAUUUGUCCCGGAGGGGGGCAUCAAGGAGAGGUCCAGCGGCGAGGCGGGGCCGGUGCGCCCUCUGCCCCCUCCCCGCCGGGCCCCGCCCCCUCGGCUGUCCAGAAAAGGUCCCGCUCAGCCCGUGCUGGGUGCAGCGUCCACGCGGUCUCGGCGAUGCAGGGACCCCCCGCGCCCGCCGCGGCCCCUGGGCCCGGCUCCCCCCGGGGCUCCCCUCGCGGCUCCCCCGGGCUCUUCAGGAAGUUCCUGGUAAACCAGAGCAUCCGCCUGCAGCGGCGCUUCACUGUGGCCCAUCCGCUGUGCUUUGACCUGGAAAAUGGACUCUCAUCCGGGAGAAGCACCCUGGACCCUGAGGCCGGCCCGGGCCUCGGCCGGGUCAUCCAGGCCCCUGCUCAGCACAGCCAGAGGCGCGAGUCCUUCUUAUAUCGCUCCGACAGUGACUACGAACUCUCACCCAAGGCCAUGUCUCGGAACUCGUCUGCGGCUAGUGAUCUACACGGAGAAGACAUGAUUGUGACACCUUUUGCCCAGGUCCUAGCCAGUCUGAGAACGGUUCGGAGCAACGUGGCAGCCCUUGCCCACCUGCAAGGCCGCGGGGCAGCCAAGCAGGCUUCGGUCGAAAACCCCCUCUUUGGCAGUCAGCCCCUUCCACUUACAGCUUGGCCCCCAGAGGACACUAGGCAGAAGCUGGCUUUGGAGACACUGGACGAGCUGGACUGGUGUCUGGAUCAGCUGGAGACACUGCAGACACGCCACUCAGUGGGGGAAAUGGCCUCCAACAAGUUCAAGCGGAUGCUGAACCGGGAAUUAACUCACCUGUCUGAAACCAGCCGCUCUGGGAACCAGGUGUCCGAGUACAUCUCCCGAACCUUCCUGGACCAGCAGACUGAGGUGGAGUUACCUACGGUGACCCCCACGGAGACCCCAAGGCCCAUGUCCCAGAUCAGCAGCCUGCGUGGGCUCCCCUACAGUGCCAGCCUGUCUGCAGCCACCGUGCCGCGCUUUGGGAUCCAGACUGACCAGGAGGGGCAGCUGGCCAAGGAACUGGAAGAUUCUAACAAAUGGGCGCUUGAUGUGUUCAAGGUGGCGGAGCUAAGUGGAAACCGGCCCCUUACGACCAUCAUAUUCAACAUCUUUCAGGAACGGGACCUGCUCAAGAGGUUUCAGAUCCCGCCAGACACACUCGUCACCUACCUUCUGACGCUGGAGAGUCACUAUCAUGCGGAUGUGGCCUACCACAACAGCCUACACGCCGCUGAUGUGGCUCAGUCCGCGCAUGUGCUGCUGGCCACACCUGCUCUUGAGGACGUUUUCACAGACCUGGAAGUCCUGGCUGCCGUCUUUGCAAGCGCCAUCCAUGAUGUGGACCAUCCUGGGGUCUCCAACCAGUUUCUCAUUAACACCAACUCAGAGCUUGCACUCAUGUACAAUGAUGCCUCCGUGCUGGAGAACCACCACCUGGCCGUGGGCUUCAAGCUGCUGCAGGCAGAGAACUGUGACAUCUUCCAGAACCUCAGCGCCAAGCAGCGGCUGAGUCUGCGCAGGAUGGUCAUCGAUAUGGUGCUGGCCACGGACAUGUCCAAACACAUGAACCUCCUGGCGGACCUCAAGACCAUGGUGGAGACCAAGAAGGUGACAAGCCUCGGAGUCCUGCUGUUGGACAACUACUCUGACCGCAUCCAGGUCUUGCAGAACCUGGUGCACUGUGCUGACCUCAGCAACCCCACGAAGCCCCUGGAGCUGUACCGCCGGUGGACGGACCGCAUCAUGGCCGAGUUCUUCCAGCAGGGGGACCGGGAGCGUGAAUCGGGCCUGGAGAUCAGCCCCAUGUGCGACAAGCACACUGCCUCCGUGGAGAAGUCCCAGGUGGGUUUCAUUGAUUACAUCGCACACCCACUGUGGGAGACGUGGGCUGAUCUGGUGCACCCAGAUGCACAGGGCCUGCUGGACACACUGGAGGACAACCGUGAGUGGUACCAGAGCAAGAUUCCCCGCAGUCCUGUGGAUCUGACCAGCCCCGGUCAGGGUGGCCCCGACAGAUUCCAGUUUGGGCUGACUCUGGAGGAGGCAGAAGAAGAGGAGGAGGAGGAGGGAACAACAUUGGACACCAAGGUCUCAGAGUCACCUGACCCUGAGCUUCUGGUCCCUGAAGCCCGCCCAGACCCUGGGGCCCUAGCCCUGGACAACCAGAGGCCUGUGGGCAAGCCCUGCAUGGACCACGAGGCCAACGAGGCUGAGCCCUUCGGCACCUAAGGGUUCCUGAUGGGUGGGCAGGCCUUCUAGGAAGAGGUCCGAGGUGGCCCCUGCCUUGCCUCUGCUCCCCUUCCCCCCCCCCGCCGACGUAGAAAACCAAGCUUUUAAUUAUAGGCAGGCCUCACGGUCAAAGUGAAGGCACCCGCUGGGGCCCAGUCUGAACCUGGAGUUUGCUGAGAGCUCUCCAGGGGGCCGGGCUGGGGGCAGCCUCUCCCAGCACCCUUGGGAUCUCCCUUCUGGGCUUCCACCCCUGGCGUGGAAAGAGGGUGUCUUGCGAGGCCCCUUGUCCACCUUCUCCAGUGGCCACUCCUGAGGCACAUCCGUCACUUGAUUCUUUCAUCCUGUAUCACCUGUUUAUCGGGCACCUGCUGUGUGUCGGCCUGUGGCAGCUACGCGCUGGCACAGUGGCCCUGCAUGCGGGUGCGGGGAGGCAGCCCGGAGGAGAUGCACCCCCACCCCAGGCGCCUCGCCUUCCUCUGCCGGGCAGCUCCGUGCAAGAGACUGGAAACUUGAAUAGGAGAAUUUUCCGCACCGAAGCUUUGUCCAGACCUGAUUCUGGCUCCCGGUUGGUAGCACAAAAGAGGGCUCUGUGCCUUGAGUGGUCUCUGAAGACUGACUGAGCUCACGACGGCUUGUGCCCUCACUGGUUGUUGCUUUAAGUGCCUGAAGUUUCUGUCCUGGGGUCUCUGGGUUCUGUCCCCCCAACCCCAGGACCCCUGCUGCCCCCCUCCCUUUUCUCUGUCUUACAGAGGGCGACACAAGCACAGGAUCCCCGCCCCCCCCGCCCCCCAAGUCUCUACAUCUUCGAUGUCUGAGAUUCCCCAGACUCCCUAUAAGGGAAAGGGGGCCCCUGAUGCCUUCGUUCAAGGCACAGCCCCUUCUGGGCCUCAGUUUCCCCUGUAUGGCCUGAUCCUAGUACUCCGGUAAACUUUGGUUGGAGGGUGGUGUCCAUUACCUUCCCAAAAUAUCUUAGAAACGUGGGGGCCUUGAACGUGGCUCUGGGCUUAAAUAAACCCUAUUAGCCAAAAUUAAUACCGCGCCCACCCCAGGGAUGGAGAAACGGAGUUGCAAGGAGGUCCUGUUGCCUGAUGGGCCGCGCAGUGGGGAGCAGGACAGCAGCCAGCGGCGCCUCCUGGCGGACGGAGGCACGGAAGGGAGGCGGGGUGAAUUCGGAGGAUUCUCCUGUCUUACCCGCUGUUUCUUAGCUCCUAGCUUGGGCGAGCACGAGCAUGGGCUCAAGUAUCAGGGUCGAUUAUCUCCCCGCCCCGCCCCGCCCCUCCUCGCAUGCCUGAAGAAUUACACGCGACACAAAUCAUCAAGCAGCCCCUGGCUUCAAAAACAGCUGGCUUGUUUCCUAAAUAAUUCCCUUAAUGAUUCCAUCCCAGUGAAAAUUCAUCAUCAUCACAAGUAAUGAUCAAAUUCCAAAGAGGGAGAAUUAAAAUUCAUCUGGGUCAUGAACUUGGUGCAUUUCCUUCCAGACUUUUAAAAGGCAGAGAUUUAGGGGAUUUGUAUUUAUGUAUUUCUCCCUUUCCCUUUACUUACAAGUAAUACGGUUUACUGUAGAGAAUUUGGAAAUUCUGGAAACAUAAAAAAGAAAAUAAAAUUCUGCUAUAACUUUCCUGUA